AUGGCCUCGACGUUCUUUUCAUGGCUGCGCUCCCCAAAAGCACGAGAGUAUUUCUUCAGCACUCACUUCUGGGGACCGGUCGCGAACUGGGGGCUCCCUCUGGCCGCUCUGGCCGACUUGCAGAAGGAUGAGGACGUUAUCUCGGGCGCAAUGACUACGGCAUUGACAGCUUACUCCCUUGUCUUCAUGCGUUUCGCCUGGCGAGUCCAGCCACGCAAUUACCUACUCUUCGCCUGUCACGCGACAAAUGCGACAGCGCAGACGAUACAAGGCGGCCGCUUCAUCAACUACUGGUAUAUGGGUGGGAAAGAACGAGCAAAGCAAGAGCAGCCGCUGAAAGCAUAG